AUGUUGGCUUCGCGCUUCUCCAGAGCUCUUCCCAGAGCAACCUCCACAGCUUCCAGAUGGGCCGCCCCCAUGCGGAAACCGCUGGGCUCCAGCUUCGCCCGCUAUGAGUCCACCGAGGGCAAGGUCCAAGGCGCCGUCAUCGGUAUCGAUCUCGGAACCACAAACUCGGCUGUCGCCAUCAUGGAGGGCAAGACACCCAAGAUUAUCGAGAACUCAGAAGGUGCCCGGACAACACCCUCCGUGGUCGCUUUCGCCCAGGAUGGCGAGAGACUGGUCGGUGUCGCUGCCAAGCGCCAGGCCGUCGUCAACCCAGAGAACACCCUGUUCGCUACCAAGCGCUUGAUCGGCCGCAAGUUCACCGAUCCUGAGGUCCAGCGCGACAUCAAGGAGGUUCCCUACAAGAUCGUCCAGCACACCAACGGCGAUGCCUGGGUUGAGGCUCGCGGCCAGAAGUACUCUCCCUCUCAGGUUGGUGGCUUCGUCCUCAACAAGAUGAAGGAGACUGCCGAGGCCUACCUCAGCAAGCCCGUCAAGAACGCCGUCGUCACCGUCCCCGCCUACUUCAAUGACUCCCAGCGUCAGGCUACCAAGGAUGCCGGUCAGAUCUCUGGCUUGAACGUUCUCCGCGUCGUCAACGAGCCUACCGCCGCCGCUCUUGCCUACGGUCUUGAGAAGGAGGCUGACCGCGUUGUCGCUGUUUACGAUCUGGGUGGUGGUACCUUCGAUAUCUCCAUUCUCGAGAUCCAGCAGGGUGUCUUUGAGGUCAAGUCCACCAACGGUGAUACCCACCUUGGUGGUGAGGAUUUUGACAUCCGCCUCGUUCGCCACAUUGUCCAGCAGUUCAAGAGCGAUUCUUCCAUUGACCUCUCGAACGACCGCAUGGCUAUCCAGCGUAUCCGUGAGGCCGCCGAGAAGGCCAAGAUCGAGCUGUCCUCUUCCCUCCAGACCGACAUCAGCCUGCCCUUCAUCACUGCCGACGCUUCCGGCCCUAAGCACAUCAACACCAAGUUGACUCGUGCCCAGCUUGAGCAGAUGAUGGACCCUCUGAUCACCAGGACCAUCGAGCCCGUCCGCAAGGCUCUCAAGGAUGCCAACCUGACCGCCAAGGAGAUCCAGGAGGUCAUCCUUGUUGGUGGCAUGACCCGCAUGCCCAAGGUUGCGGAGUCCGUCAAGAGCAUCUUCGGCCGUGACCCCGCCAAGUCUGUCAACCCCGACGAGGCCGUCGCCAUUGGUGCCGCCAUUCAGGGUGCUGUCCUUUCCGGUGAGGUCAAGGACCUCCUCCUGCUCGAUGUCACUCCCCUCUCUCUUGGUAUCGAGACCCUCGGUGGUGUCUUCACUCGUCUGAUCAACCGCAACACCACCAUCCCCACCAAGAAGUCCCAGGUCUUCUCUACUGCUGCCGACUUCCAGAGCGCCGUCGAGAUCAAGGUCUACCAGGGUGAGCGUGAGCUCGUCAAGGACAACAAGCUCCUUGGCAACUUCCAGCUCACUGGCAUUCCUCCUGCCCACCGCGGUGUGCCCCAGGUCGAGGUCACCUUCGACAUUGAUGCCGAUUCUAUUGUCCACGUCCAUGCCAAGGACAAGAGCACCAACAAGGACCAGUCUAUCACCAUUGCCUCCGGCUCUGGUCUCUCUGACUCCGAGAUUGAGCAGAUGGUUCAGGACUCUGAGAAGUACGCCGAGCAGGACAAGGAGCGCAAGGCUGCCAUCGAGGCUGCCAACCGCACUGAUAGCGUCCUGAAUGACACCGAGAAGGCUCUCAACGAGUUUGCCGACAAGAUCGAUAAGACCGAGGCCGAGCAGAUUCGUGAGAAGAUUGCUUCCCUCCGCGACUUCGUUGCCAAGAGCCAGUCUGGCGAGAAUUCCGCCACUGCCGCUGAGAUCAAGGAGAAGACCGACGAGCUCCAGAACGUUAGCUUGAACCUCUUCGACAAGAUGCACAAGGCCCGCUCCGAGUCUGGCGAGCAGCCCAACCCUGAGUCUUCCGAGACCAAGCCCGAGGAUGAGAAGAAGCCGUAA